AUAAAAACAAGAAAUGAGAAAUAGUUUUUAAUUUUAAGUCUAUUUACGUUAUUAAUUAAAAAUAGUAAAAUAUGGAUGUUAACAUACGUGGGAAGAGUAAAAGUUUACUUAAACUUAGAAAUCUACGACUGAGUUUGAAAUAUAGGCCUGAAAUUUUCAAGCUAAUUUUAAAAAUGCGACUAUGUUUAAGAAAAAAGAAUUUUAUUAUCACUCGAUUAAAGAAGCAACUUAAGCUAUUGAUGAAUAACAAAGUGACAUCGUCUCUUGUGCAAACUGACGAUAUAAUCCUUGAGUUCAGUAAUGGGGAGUCAGAUCCAACAUCUAUAAUAGACAAUGAUAAAAUACUGUCCGAUGUUAGUACACAGACUAGUAAACUUCAAAUUAAGGAAACAAAGGAAGAAACAAACUCCGAGGAAAAUUUAGAAUCAAAGUUGUCUGAAUGGAAAUUACAAGAUGAAGAAGAUAAAGGAAAAAGUAUAGCGGAUCAAGUGAAAGAAGCUGCACAAUCUGCAUUAAAUGAAAAUGGAAUGGUAUUUGUAGAGUCAGCGGGAAUGUACUACGAUUACAAGACAGGGUAUUAUUAUAAUAGUGAGCUUGGUCUGUAUUACCACACAGACACUGGAUGUUACUACUCUUAUUCGGAUGAAAAGAAAAAUUUCGUAUUCCAUUCUUAUCCGGAUAGAAGUGCUGAAAUUGAAAAUGCUCCUUUAUUUAAGCAUGUCUUAAAGAAAGCUAAAAAGCAUAAAAAGGAAAGAUCUAAUAUUGAUAACCUGACGAAAAAAUUAUCUCAGGAUAAAGAAGAUGAUGAAGUCAGCAAGCCGAAAAGAAAGAAGAUUAUGAAAACGAAAAAGAAAGAGGUUAAUAAAGAUGUUGAAAAACCUGUAAUGAAUAUAGAAGACAUAGAGAAGGAAAACAUGCUCGAUGAUGGUGAAGAUUCACAGAAAGAAGUGAAGGAUGAAUUAGAAGAUGGGGAAUGCAGUGAAACGGAUUGUGAAGAGCUUAGUGAAGUUGAUGAUGUAGAAUCAAUCAUUAGUACAUCAACUGCUACUGAUGAUGAUGACUCAAUAGCAAAGCAUCAUCCACCCUGCAUGCGGUUGGUAGUGCGUGAAACUAAUGUAAACAAACUGAAAGUUGGCAGUUUGUUUGUUAUAACAAAAGAUGGCGGCUCCAUUGGCAGGGAAGGUGAUCAACAUGCUAUUGUCAUCAAGGAUAAUAAUGUGUCAAGGAACCAUUUGGACAUUAGAUACAAUUUAGAAAAUAAGGUUUACAUGGCUACGGACUUGGGCUCCAAAAACGGAACAAUAUUGAACGGGAAUCGAAUGUCAGAAAGUCAAGAUAUUAGCACGCCAAUGGAGGUACUUCAUGGUAGCACAUUGCAAUUGGGAGAUACGAAGUUGUUAUGCCACAUACACUCCGGGAACGAGACAUGCGGCCAUUGUGAACCGGGACUUCUUAUAGAUUCUGAAGACAAAGAACGUAAAGUGGCGUACACGCGCACCUGCAGCGUUCAAAAGCAGCAUCAGUUGGAGCUGGCGCGUCUCAAGAACAAGUACGCUAAGCCGCCGCUCGCCAUCGAGAGCGAGGCGUACAACGACCGCGCGCAGGCGCGCCGCACCGCCGUCGGCUCCUCGCACUCCGCCGAGAAGACUCAAUCCAGUGAUAUUAACACGUUCAUACCAUCAGAGAACAAAGGAUUCAAACUGUUAGAGAAGAUGGGCUGGUCGAAGGGCGAGGGUCUCGGGAAGGACAGCCAAGGUGACAAGGAGCCCGGACACAAUAAAACUAUCUGCUUCCUGCCGGCAUGUGAACCUCGGGCGCAUGUUACAUGUGCUCGGGGCUGUAAUCAAGGCGGACUCGCCAUCAUUGCUGCUAAUAAUUGCUCGGCAGACAUCUCGCGAUUUUAAAAUCGUUAGUCACUGGUAAAACGAUGAUUUCCUUUUGAUUAUUUUCCUUUCCAUUUUAAAGGCACAUACAACUCUAUAUUGCAAAAGUUGAUGACAGUAUCAAACCGCAUAUAACAUUCGAUCCGACUUAACUUUAUCGGAUUUGCUUAACGACGAUCUCUUUUUUCCGAAGCGGUUACCGAGCUUUUUUGUCGUAUAAUAAGCGCCCUUGAAAAGACUUCAACGCUUAACUGACGCAAAGUUCAUUGAUCCAAUGGCAAUGAUUUCGAGCUCAGUUAAUGAGGUUAAUUUAAUGCUUGUAAGUCAAUUUUAAAAUGGCUAAAUUUUAAAAUUAUUUCAAUGAAAUGAAAGUAUUUAAUAUAAUCAUUGUGUUGUUAUUAGAUGUUAGAAUAAGUAUAAGGUGCAGAAGUGUUGGGCAUCCGUUGAGGUGCGCGAUGAGUAGGGCGCGUUGCAUUCCGCGGAGGCGGAAGGCC